UUUUCUCGUUUCAAAUUCUCAAUUAUUUUUCUCGAUCUGCGAACCCCUCCAAUGGAAGACGACGGUAACAAUAGUAUCGUGGCGAAGGAGAAGCUGGACCAGGUGGCCACCUGGGUUGGCUCCACCGUCUCCUCCGCCUUCUUCUCCUCCCUCGAGCGAUUCUCCUGCGUCAACGUCACCACCGACGACGACGACGAAGAAGAAGAAGGAGAAGCCGACUCCCAAGACGCGGUCAAGAACCCUCCUUUGACCGUAACGGACCAGUCUCAGUCUCAGACCCAGGCCCAGGCCCAAAACGACGUCGCCAAGCUCCCCGUUUGAACUGGUCUCGGUAUAUCUCGAUUUCUACCCUCCUAUUCAAUUCUCCCCUAUUGUAUACUAAAGAAGCUAAAUUCUGAAACCGUUUGUUAAUAUUCGAUUAGGGUUUGGAUUCUUGUUGUGUUUUUGUGAGAUGACUUGGUUUGUGAAUGGUGGAAUUGUGGAAAUUGACUUACUUAUUAUUUAUAUUGUGAAUGUGAAAUAAAAAAAAAUCGUUUUUUUCUUGAA